UGAGGACGCACGAAGACAAGACACGACAAAACUCAGUUACUGGAUGCACUACUACGAGACAAACUCGCGGUGAGCAGCUCACCACUAUUUUAUUUGACAUGAUUCCUGCUCUCUUUCAACGGAAAGACCAAUGCUCAACUCGAGCAACCUUGAAAACGAGCACAACGACGACGACAGGGACGACGACGAAGGGGGCCCGCGCAGGGAGGGAAAACGAUGAGAGGGGUUGGGGGUAUAAAUACAUCGUUGGGACUGCUGCACAAGCCAUGUCCAUUCCAACUCCGCUUCACUCUCCGACGGACACUUCGCUUGCAGGCAUUCCCACGCACAGGCCAGGUGAUGUCACCCGUAGAGCUGCAGCUCUGAAGAUACUGUAUUGUCAUUUAUGCUUGUAUCAUUCAUUCAUAUCAAUGGGUAACCCACUAAUCUGUCGUACUCACUCCAACAGGGCGCGCACAUCUCAUUUGUCUCCCCUGCAGCCCCGCAAGAAUGCUGUCGUGGCUGCGAAAGCCCCACUGAUGUCAAGCGCAUUCUACCGGUUAUAAGGUGAGCUUACCAGGUGUGAUACUCAUCAAAGCAUACUCCGGCCUAUACCUCGAUAUACCAUCUGCAAUCACUGCGUAAAGUCAGAUGCCUUUGUUCCACUCGAAGCAAGCUACUUCACACCCUCCCCAAGCUCAGAGCAACCCUCCCAAUCGUUCACGCUCUCUUUUCUCUCGCAACCGUUCUACGUCUCCCGAGUAUACCAAUAAUACAUCUUCGACCAAUAGUCGUAACGGCUUUUUCUCUCGCCGUCGCUCGUCUUCUCCCGAGGACUACUCAAACAAUACCAAUAGCAACUCUGCAGGUAGUAACGGUGGUUUUUUCUCUCGCCGCCGUUCUUCCUCGAGUUCAGACUCGAAUGGCCACCGCGACCUCAAGAAGGACCCUACCAUUGCUGCUGCUCGUCAGAAAGUCUCUCAAGCUGAGGCUAGCGAGCAUGAGGCAGAUAGAGCUUUGGGUCAAGCUCGAAACUCAGUCAGGGAGGCUCGCGAGCAUGUCCGAAUCCUCGAACGCGAAGCAUUAGAAGACGCUCGCCGUGCUAAGGCGAAACAGGCUGAGGCAAAGACUGUCAGCAAGAGUGCACGCGGUUUGGGACGUCACGGCUGAGUUGUUACCGCACUCGUUGUCCGUUCAUCACUACACACUUUGCUUCACGACUGGCGCUGCCAUGUACUACGUACUACCUUAGUAACUACGUUAAUGUUACUGUGAAAUUUUAAUGCGGUUUACAUAUACCUUUUCCCUCA